GAUCAAGAGGAGCAGGCUUUCUUUGCUGUGUUUGAUGGUCACGGCGGCGUGGAUGCUGCCAUUUAUGCUGCCAACCACCUGCAUGUCAAUUUAUUCCAUCAGGAAUGCUUCAGCCAGGACCCCAGUGAGGCACUGUGUAGAGCCUUCAAGCUGACUGAUGAGCGCUUUGUGAAGAAGGCCUCCCGAGAGCACCUGCGCUGUGGAACAACAGGAGUGGUGACCUUCCUGCGAGGCCGAACGUUGUAUGUGGCCUGGUUGGGAGAUUCCCAGGUCAUUCUGGUCCGUAGAGGGCAGGUGGUGGAGCUGAUGAAACCACAUAAACCAGACAGAGAGGAUGAGAAGCAGAGGAUCGAGGCUCUGGGAGGAUGUGUGAUUUGGUUUGGCACGUGGAGGGUCAAUGGGAGUCUGUCCGUAUCCAGAGCAAUAG